AAUGAAAUGGCGGGCGUCGGUGGUGGCGGCGGCGGCGGCGCGGGCAAGAUGGCGGACAAGGAGAAGAAGAAGAAGGAGAGCAUCUUGGACCUCUCCAAAUACAUCGACAAAACGAUCCGAGUGAAGUUCCAGGGCGGGAGGGAAGCAAGUGGUGUCUUGAAAGGCUUUGACCCUCUCCUGAACCUGGUGCUGGAUGGUACCAUUGAGUACAUGAGAGACCCUGAUGACCAAUACAAGCUGACAGAGGACACAAGACAGCUGGGCCUGGUGGUCUGCAGAGGCACUUCUGUGGUUCUCAUCUGUCCCCAGGAUGGGAUGGAAGCCAUUCCCAACCCUUUCAUUCAGCAGCAGGAUGGCUGAUGCUGGCUUGGGACUGUCUCUGAGGACUUCAUGGGUGCAGAUCUUCCAACAGAGCUACCAGUGUGUGAGAAGCUUCCUCUCUGGUGGGGAGGAGCUGGGAUCUGUAUUUGUGAGGGUGAAAGAACUUUUCCUUUUUGUGGCUUCCCAUCAGUGGUGAGAGCCUGGGGCUUGCUGGCUAAGAAGCAAGUUCUGAUUUCCCCCCUGUCCUUCCCCCCCCACCCCCAUCCCAAAUGUGUAACCACCUCUAGAGCUGACAAGAGAAAUCUUGGCAUGGAAUUGCCUGAGGGUGAGCCUGGAAGCCACCCCCCAGAGUGACUAAAGGCUGCCCUCACCAUUGGGUGCAUCAUUUACAUCUUACAAUGGAUUAAAGUGGAUUGAAUCUGAAUUCAUCUCAAGCCUGACCAGGUUAGGAACUGUUUUUCUCCCCCUUAGGUGUCAGCUCUCAGCUGGGGAGCUUCCUGCUGUGUCCCUGCUGCUGAGGUCAGUCUCUGUAGCCUGCUUGCUGCAGUGCAUGCAGGAGGCUGACUCCUUGUCCCUUGGCAUCACUGUGUAGCCAGGAAGCUCUUUCCUAGCCCUUGUCCUGGCCCCUGUGGGCUCUGCUCUGUGGCAGGAGGCUCCCACACUGCUGCAGGAGGGCUGGGCUGACUUCUGGGAUGGUUCUUGGCUGGCCCCUGGCUGGGAGAGGUCCAUUUGGUGCCUGAGGUGGGGAGGGGGAAGAACAGUUGAGAUCCUCAGGUCAGCUGCAGGCAGGGCCUGGAGGUGCUGCAGGGUUUGGUACUGUAAGUGGCCCCUGGUGGUUCUGCUCCUUGGAACUUGCUUUGUAAGGAAACCUUUUUACUUCUUUUGUACUGCAGAAACAGCAACACUCCAAAGAGUUUGGAGCCAAUAAAU